GGGGUGGCGGCCCCGCCCCGGGAAAGGCGGGCCUGGCCCGGCGUAUUUGAGGCGCAGAGCCGGCCGCCGCCCAGCCAGGACGACAGCACCUCUGCCGAAGCCACCCCCGCAGCGCGCGAGCUAGUGCCGAGGCGUCGGGAAAAUGGCAGACAGUUUUUCGCUUAAUGAUGCCUUAUCUGGGUCUGGAAACCCAAACCCUCAAGGAUGGCCUGGUCCAUGGGGAAACCAGCCUGCUGGGGCAGGAGGCUACCCGGGAGCAUCCUAUCCUGGGGCCUACCCUGGCCAGGUACCACCCGGCCCCUACCCUGGCCAGGGGUUACCCCCAGGGGUAACCCCUCCUGGGGGUUACCCAGGCCAGGCACCUCCAGGGGCCUACCCUGGCCCAACUGCACCUGGUUAUCCUGGACCAACUGCACCAGGUGCCUACCCUGGGCCUGGGGUCUACCCACCUCCUGGACAGCCAAGUGCUCCUGGAGCCUACCCUGCUGCUGGCCCUUAUGGCGUCCCCUCUGGACCCCUGAAUGUGCCUUAUGACCUGCCUUUUUCCGGAGGAGUCAUGCCCCGCAUGCUGAUAACAAUCCUGGGCACAGUAAAGCCCGAUGCAAACAGACUUGCUUUAGAUUUCAAGACAGGAAAUGAUGUCGCCUUCCAUUUUAACCCACGCUUCAAUGAGGACAACAGGAAAGUCAUCGUUUGCAAUUCGAAGCUGAAUAAUAACUGGGGGAAGGAAGAAAGACAGACGGUUUUCCCAUUUGAAAGUGGUAAACCUUUCAAAAUACAAGUCCUGGUUGAAGCUGACCACUUCAAGGUUGCGGUCAAUGAUGCUCACUUGUUGCAGUACAAUCAUCGGGUGAAAAAUCUUGGGGAAAUCAACAAACUGGGAAUCUCUGGUGACAUAAAUCUCACCAGUGCUUCGCACACCAUGAUAUAAAGGAGCAGAUACUUUUUAAAGAAAUGAAAUUGAACGUAAACCUUACACAUUUAAAAGUUUCAUGUUCACUAUGAGUGAAAAAUUUUACCUUUAUUCAUCAAUGUCCUUCUUGCAAAUCAUCCAUUUAAUAAAGAGUUACCUGUCUUCACAUGUUAUUUAAUUGGGGCAGUUUAUUCUUGAUAAUGCGCAAUGGACUCAAUGGAAAAGGACUCAAUGGAAAAUGAAAUAUGUAGCAAUGUUAACACUGCAUCAGAGUCUCCCAAAGUUUUCAAUAUUUGCUAAACUAUUUUUUAAAAAGGAGGGACUUCCCUGGCAGUGCAGUGGUUAAGACUUUGCCUUCCAAUGCAGGAAGUGCAGGUUCAUCCCUGGUCAGGGAGCUAAGAUCCCACAUGCCUCAUGGCCAAAAAACAUAAAACAGAAGCAAUAUUGUAACAAAUUCAAUAAAGACAAAAAAAAAAAAAGUAAAUAGGAGUAAA